AAAAUCUUGUGGUUUAUCUGGCGCAUGAGCAUUCUGAUUGAUUUUGUUCUUUUGCAGUCGAUUGAUGGACCCGUUAACUACAGAUUUGAGAAAUAUGAAUACUUUGGCUAAGAUAAUGAGGCAAAGACGGAUCGUCAAAGGAGCCUUGACUCUUGCUUCUGCUGAAGUCAAAUUUCAAAUUGAUACUGAGACUCAUGAUCCUCUUGAUAUUGGCAUGUAUCAGAUUCGAGAAGCGACCCAAAUGGUUGAAGAAUUUAUGCUGGCUGCCAAUGUUUCAGUUGCCAAACAAAUCCGUGAAUGUUUCCUACCUGUUCGCUACUACGGUAAACUUGUUUUUUACGUACCACUUUGCUAUCCCAAAAUCCAGACUCGUUAAGGUUUAUCACCUCAGAAAAAUUAUUAUGUUUUCUGUAAAUGCCAGAGAAGUCCAAACCAGUUGAUGAUCCUGUGUAAAUUUGUCACUGGAGUUAUUUAUCGUGGGAUAAAUUAAACUGCAUGAUAGUAUAUUUGACACAAAUCACUUGGUCCAAGAUGUUAAAUCAUAAAAUGCAUUAACAGGUGAUAUUUGUGAAUAUUGUACACCAUCACAUCUCUUCAUGAAUUCGGAAUACUUUUAAGGUUCAUAAUUACGGGAAAAUUAGUUUACCAUCUAAUACUGGCACCUUUUAUGGAAAAAUUCUGGAGUUGUGGCUAGUUCUUGAUAAUGACAUU